AUUUUGAAUUUUAAAGCAACCGGGGAGAUGUUAGGAACUUAGAAUCAAGCGCGUGACGUCACGCACUGCUAUUUUUAAUUGCAUCUGCAUUCAUCCGGAGCGCGUGUCUCGUGUCGCCUCUGAUGAUAGGAAGGAAUUAUAAUGUAUAGAUAUGUAUUAUGGCUGAUGGUGCACAGAGAAGCAGCGCCAGUGAGAGGCAACACGUGGUGUAAAUAUAGGAAUGAACUGUGAACAGCGCAAUUGCUUAGGUUUGCUAAAAAAAAAAAAAAGAAAAAAAAAAAGGCUACAGUGCGCUGCGGCAGUUGUCAGGGGAUAUCGGAGAGCUCCACUCUGAUUGGCUGGAGGGGCCGUGUUGCCAUGGCGACGGUCGGGGGGGUACGGUAGCGUUGCUGUGCGGCGUGAUCUGUGUGCGCGCGGAUGGAGGAAGCAGCUGCUGAUCUUUUGACACAGUAGCUACAGCAGAGAAAAAGGCAACUGCAUGAAACACAUCGGAGCGGUGGAGUCCGAAACGACCUUAGUAUGCACGAAUACCCUCCAAGUUUGAUGGGUCCGAUAAUCGGGAUGUCUCCAGAUAAGAAAGCCGACUCUCCAGGAUCUCAGGGUAUGUGCGGUGCAGGAACUCUCCCCGAAGCAGAAAGCGCCUCCAGCCCUCUAGCCACUAGUCUGGACAGGAUCGGUCCCUCAGGGGCCGUGAGCAGGUCUGGGCUUGAACCCGAGGAUGACGAGCUGACCAAUCUGAACUGGCUCCACGAGAACCUGCUGCAGAACUUCACCCUGGGAGAUGCGCAGUCUUGCAGUGGGCCUUUGUUUGACAUUGAGGGCAGUGUGGGCUCUCCACGUGGACACAGUCUGUCCUCGUCCUCCUCUUCUUCUGUCUCGUCUGGGAGUCCAGGCAGUGAACGGGAUCCUCUCAAAUCCAAGCCUCCUUUUUCCUUCUCGCUUCUGAUCUACAUGGCUAUUGAACAGUCUCCUAGUAAAUCUCUUCCUGUAAAGGAUAUCUACGGGUGGAUCCUGGAACACUUCCCGUACUUCUCCAGCGCUCCCACAGGAUGGAAGAACUCAGUGCGGCACAACCUGUCUCUGAAUAAGUGCUUCCGCAAGGUGGAGCGAGGCCUGGGGAAGGCCAAUGGGAAAGGCUCUCUGUGGUGUGUUCACCCUGAGUUCCGGCCCACGCUGAUGCAAGCCCUGAAGAAACAGCACUUCCCAAGCGCACAGGCUUUCUGCACGCCACCUGCCUCUCCUCCCAGUGCCUCGUCUCCUCCUUGUCACCUGUUCUCCUUGGAGCAAGGCUACUCUCUAAAGGAAUGUGAUUUUGAUGCUGCCACUGCCAUGAUGCUGUUAAAGUCUGCCUCAGAGCAGAACAUUGACCCAUAUGAGCAAGAGGGGCCGAUUGAUCUGUCACGGAGGGAUCUGGUGGUGGUAAGCCGGGAUCCAAAACAGGACCACAACUACAGCAGCGUCCCCGUAUCUCCAUCUCCUCGGCCAACGACGGGUUCCGGUGCUGCCACACAAGGGCAACAAGAGAGAGCAGGCUUGGCAAAUGGUAGCCACCCUCCAUCAAAGAGGGCCAGACACGAUCCCAAACCUGAUGUAGAUGAUGAGUUGAAAGAGGCAGCCGGCUCGCUUCUGCACCUAGCAGGAAUUCGCACCAGCCUCGGUGCCUCGAGACGCAAGAGCAGGAAGCUGGACAGGAAAUGAAGCCCGGCUCUUUAGUCUUCUCACCCUUUAUUUCCCUUUACACCCCUCACUAUGUGACUCGUUCCUGUGGCCUGUCCUGGCCUCUCUCCUCUGGUUGAAGUUAAUUUGUUUGAAAUUAAUCCUUUUUUUUUUUUUGUUUGUUUCUCAAAAUAUUCCAAUCAUCUCAUCCAACAGGCAAUACUAACACAAACACAGGAGAGAAAAGCCAUACUGACGCUUUUGUUUGUUGUACAGAAAAGAUUAGGAGAGAAAAAAAAAAAAAAUCAAUUCAUCCACCAAGCUACAUUCACAACUAAAAGAGUUUGAGGGGAGAAAAAAAGAAAGAGAACUUUUUUUGGGGGAGGGGGGGGAAACUCAGAGGAGAUUUGCAUGCUUCCACCUCUUAAAAAAACAACUCAAAUGUAUAUAUCUUGAGAAUGAAUGCAUGACUUUCACAAGUGGCUUGGGCUUCAGCAUAAUGACGAAAAGCUAGAUAAGAAAAAAAAAAAAGAUAUAAAAGUGCCAUUGAUUUUGGAUCAUAAGACUUCAGUUAAGAAAUAUGAUACAAAGAUAAAUGCAAUAAUUAGUUGACCUAAAUACUUGUAGUUAUUUUAUUUUUGUACUGCUGUUUUUUGUAUUUCGUCUGGUAAAGAUGACGUGUCCCCCGAAGCCCCGUGCACUCGUAGCUAUGAUGUCAAAACCAUGUGACUUUCCUCUUCAUCCUGAUUGGAUCAGUGCCCUAACCCUAACCUCCCUGAGCAGUAUCACUGUAGUCGAGAGAACAGCAUGAAAGCAGAGCUGUGGCUCUUUGCGUUCACUUCAGUAUUUAUCCGACGAUUAUCUCUGUAGUAAGUGUAGUCCUGUGCCAUUUACUUAUCCAGAAUGAAUUCCCACAUACGUUUAAGCGUGUGUCACGUAAGCAUUUAAACAACUAUAGGACAUAAUGCAAUGAGGCCAGAUUUAAGCAGCUCUUUUCUCUCUUCAGCGGCCCAUUUCUCUAAGCAUCAUUCUUAUCCACGUCACAAAGUUCUAGCUGUCUGAUUGAUUCGAUAAGAGCACUGCGAGAAGUCAGAGGGCAGGGUUUUUCGAAAUAAAUCUUCUCAGUGGACUUUAGUUGGAGCUGUAUGCAUGGGGCUUGUGCUCCGGGCUUGGAUGUAGCACUCCGCUGCACAGAUGACCUCGAGAGAGUUGCUUUGGCUCGAGAGGAAACUGGAGACAAUGUGGGCUCUGGAAGAAAAGCGGCUGUGGGAAGAAAGGAAAAAAACACUUGCCUUUCUGCAGCUCUGUAAAUGAGGAAGUCAUGGGAACGGACCUACAGGAAGUCGAACUGAUGAGACAGGAAGCUGAUAUCCUCAGAACCUGCUACUACCAGGACUGGGUUUGGCACGAGUACUGGACUUUUCAGGCUCUCUGUCUAAACUCACACUUCAUGUUUUUCAUGAAACCGUCAGGGGUGUCACCGCUAUCUUUGCAACCCUCACCUGUUUUUGUUUUUGAUUAUUGUUCCAGGUUGAUUUGUUCCAAGUUUUAACUGCCUAAGUAAGUGAAAUACCACUCAUCUCUUUCUUGUGAUGGCUAAAUUCAGCUCUAAUCAGGAACGAUUGCACCUGACAGGCGGGUAACUCCUACAGCAAACGACUGAGCCUGUUGAAUCAUGGUGCUACUAAGAUCAGGACAUAUCCUGGAUCCUGUGUGUGAGCUCACUAGUCCUGUGGUACCUGUGAAGCUUUUCAGCAAAUUUCCUGAUGAUCUUUUAACUCUUCCCUAUUUAAUUGCAUCACUUUAACCGUUGCCAUUUGUGAAGUUGCUGCCCAAACACUUUUGCCAAGGCUGCCAAUAUCCCCCUCUAUUUGUACAUAGUGAUAACACAGGAUGCAAGUAUUACUAGAGGAGGUUUAGAGGAGGAGAGAGCGACAGAGCUGUAGUGUUAGAUUUAAAGCUUGUAAAAGCAGCCACUUGCUUCUCCCAAAACAGGAAUAUUGACUUCUGAAAAUCUGACCUCUCUCUGUGAUACAGCAUAGUGAUAAUUGUUUUAUUAUUAUUAUUAUUAUUAUUAUUAUUAUUAUUAUUAUUAUUAUUAUUAUUAUUAUUAUUAUGCUCCACUAAUUCAGAGCUGCCAAUCAGUUUGCUUGCAUUUGUCUGCCAUGUCUGUCUGACAGACUUCCAUCUUUUGGUUUUGUAAGCUAACCUAUGUUAAUAAAAUGUUUAUAAAGUUUAUUUUUGCCAAAGAUAUGCAAUUGUUGCAUUAUAUAUGGUAUUAAAAUAAAAAAAAGGGUUUCUUUUA